AGGAACUCCAGCCUCACCUGAUCUCCAAAUGGACCCCAGCUGCUCCUGCGCCACUGGUGACUCCUGCACCUGUGCCAGCUCCUGCAAAUGCAAAGAGUACAAAUGCACCUCCUGCAAGAAGAACUGCUGCCUCUGCUGCCACGUGGGCUGUGCCAAAUGUGCCCAGGGCUGUGUCUGCAAAGGGGCAUCGGAGAAGUGCAGCUGCUGCGCCUGAUGUUGGGACAGCCCUGUGCCCAGAUGUAAAUAACACAACCCCUGCAAACCUAGUUUGUUUUUUAAAUACAAACCUAACCCAUUUACUAUGUCUGUUUUCUUAAGUGAAAUAUGGGAAUGAUAAUAAGCAUUGUUGGCCUUA